CCAUCCAUUGCUCAUGCCUAGGUGCCCAACGACUACAUCAUAAAUAGGAAUUAAAGCAGGAAAUGUCAUUUGCCUUCGACAACAAUUACAGCCUUGAGCACAAUAAGCCACGCUCAUGUUACUAGCUAUUUUUGUAGUUAGCUACGUUUUUCACGGCGAUCGCUGGCUAUGUAGCUGGCCUGUUCGGUAUCAUUCAUGGCAAGAGAUUCAAAGACGGUGUCUGCUCUGAAGAAUCUUGGGUACCCUGGCAACGCUUGUUUGAGGCAAUGUAGUUGCGAAGAGCUUCCAUGCCGAGUUCUGUCCUGGCUGGUCUCUGAGCUAAGGUCAACCUGUCCAGAGGUACAGGGCGGCGACAAACAAGGUCGCACAGCGAGUGCUGUUCUGGUGGGGGAGCUGAGGACGCUACUUAGAGAUCUGCACUGUCCCUACGCUGCCCUGGCAACGGAGACACUAUCCCCUGCACUACUUAACACAGCUGCUGAGUUCCUGGUGACGGAACUGCAGGCUGCGAGGAUACUACGGCGCAAAGAGCGCCACCCGGAGGACGCAGCCUGCGACGACGGCACCGAGAAGGAACGGAGAGAGGGAGAAGACGGGGGACUGGAGUUGGAGGAAGAAGGGGGAGAAGGAGACGGAGGGGUGUGGAGUAGAGAGAAAGAACAGGAAGUGAAAGAGGAGUCCGACCGGCUCUUUCGGUCCCUGGGUCUGGAACCUUCCACUCGGCUGAGUGAUGUGUACGCUGAGGUGGAGUCGCGUGUCGCUGCGCUGCCAGGAGGCACUGUGCCCGAGCCGCUCCUGAAGACGACCCUGAAUUCUGAGCAGUGGCGGCGCCUCCACCAGAUCGACCUGGCCCUCGCUCAGGACUAUGAGUGCCGUCGAAACAUGAUGACCAAACGCUUCCAGGUCACCCUGCAGUCGUUCACCUGGGGUGAAAAGGGCCCGGAGCGCAGUGCGGUCCUGGCCUCCGUGCCACUCCUGUGCCCUGAGGCCCUCGACUCUCGUGUGUCUCUCUCCCUCCUGCUGGCCGCCAGGGAGGACCAGUCGCGCAUCCUCCCGGUCAAAGCCGGGCCCAGCACGGCCGUCCACAAGGUCCUAAUGGGGCACGUCCCGGACAGAGGGGGGCGGCCGGGGGAAAUCGAGCCCCCCAUGCCCUCCUGGGAGCGUCGCAGGGAUGGAGGAGGAGGAGGAGGAAGGGGAGGCGGCGCCGGCCACCAGCGGUGGGGCAACAAGAGGAAGAAGAAGAACAGGAAGAAAGAGCGGGGGGAAGAAGGGAGGGAUGCGUCUCCCGGUGCCAGCGAGCACGCUAGGGAACGAGGGAGGCGAGGGAGGAGUCCAGAGAAGACGGACGCGGUUCAGCGGCAGGAGAAGGGAAAUGAGGAGUAAAAGAGAGGGAAGGAGAGAAGGAGGGAGACGCAGUUUAAAUAUACCACAGGCACUGUAGUCGUUACCUAAAGGUUAGGGGUAGAGACCCUGGAUGUGAUGUCAUAGGUGAACAUUGAACAUGUAGAAAAUUGGAAUAUAUUUAAAAUGACAAUUUCCAAAUAUGGUGCUUUCUCCCCUUUAAUUGUGCGAAAUGUUGGGGUCAAGCAUCUUGAGAACUUUAAAUCUUUCUUCAUAAUCUUUAGUGAACUGGUUUGUAACUGACCACCGUAAAUGUAUGGGAAGGACUGUGGGAUAUUGUACUUUACACAGAAUUAGUCCGUAAAUGUAUUCGUUAGUAUGCCAGGAUGGUUUGCAGCUUCCUUAAAUAUGAUUGUGAACAUCUGGCAACAAACCAUGGUUUUAUUUUCAGAAAAGGACACACAAAUUUAACGUGUGUUUGUCUUUAAGAAGACAUGUUUAGUGUAGUUUAAUGAACAGGGUUUCAUUAAGUUUUGUUAACCUGGCAGUGCAUCAUUUGAGCAAGGUGCUCCCUCCGUUUCUCUAAAAGUGUAGACUUUAUUGGGGGCUAUCUAAGCCUUCCUUUUUUUGCCAUAUUCAGCAUAAGGCAUUAAAAACCACCAAAAUCCUCUAGGCCUCUUUAUACGUUUAAAAGAAAAAAAUUAAAUAAAGAAUUUGAGUUUUGUAUUUUUGUUGCUUUUUGUUGCGUCGUGGCUGUCGGACAAGCCACAGGAAACCGCGGAGGCCGGUUUGAAUAAAGGUGUGGGACACUGCA